UUUACCGUAAGCACAUAUUCCAAUCGAUCAUCAUGAAUGGACUGUUUGGCUCCAUGUUCGGUGAGCUGUUCCUGAAUAGAGACUGUGCCAGUAUCCUCCAGGACCCCAAUGCAGACCCUAUGGACAAAGAUAUUUGCCAGGCUUUCAAAGAGUUCAACUCCUCUGGGUUCCCAUCAAUUGAUACCAUCAUAGACAGAGGACAUGAUGAAGGAGGUCCUAGUCAGGACAAGCCGGACGCCCAAUCACUGAGAGACUCUAUUCUCAAGAGGACACCAUCAACACAUCACGAAAGAAAGCACAGACAGUACUCAAAAGGUGAUCAAGAUUUGGACGGCCAGGUGGCGAAAGGUGUUGACCCCAGCACACUAGUGGAGCCUGAACAGAGGAGGGAGGCUUUCUCGUCCUACACAAGAGUCACGGUCACCAGGAAACCAGACGGAACGGUGGAAGAGAGACGCACUCAUCGAGACUCGCUGGGUAAUGAGACUGAGACCACAGUGAUCAGGGACAGUCCCUCAGAGCAGCCCACCACCUGGAGAAAACUGUCAGACUGGGUGUGGCCUAAAACAUGAUUUACCUGCUGCCAUCAUUCCAUUGUAUUUUGUUGUCAUGACAUUCAAAACUUUGUUCAUUUAUAUUCACGUACACGUAUAUAUAUAUACGUACAUGCAUAAUUAUUCUUUUUGUUCGCAAUACAAAUUGAUAAAACUAAUACAGAAA